AUUAUGUACAAUUCUUAUUAAAUACCAAUUUUAAAUGUUAACCUCUGCACAUUUUCAUACUUACCAAUAAAAUAUUUUAAUUUUGUUAAUUUUCAAGUGACGUUGAUUAUUCAUAAAUUAAUUGCAUACAUGAAGGGUAUAAAGCAAUACCCAUGCCAAAGUUUGUGAUUAUUUAUAUUACAUUUAAAAAUAUUUAAAAUAGUGACAGAAAGUACACUAAUAACUUUGGUAAAUAAGUAAUUGAUGAUUGAUACGUGUUACAAGUUGUAAUACUCAUAUAAUUAAAGUAUUUGAAUUAGAAAAGAUGGAGAAGGACGUCAUAGUAUGUGUACCAGGUCAAAGAUUAUGUGUCUCUGAUAAAGUUAACAUAGCUGGAACUGGAACUUAUGAACAGCAAGGUUAUAUUUAUUCUAAACUUGCAGGCGUAGUUAAAUUGGUGCAAGAGGAAAAUACCCGUACCAUAGAAGUCCAUGGAAUAACAGAACAAAGUAUUGUUCCUGCUCCGGGUGACAUUGUGACUGCUAUGGUCACUGUUGUUAAUCAAAGAUUUUGCAAAUGUAGUAUAAAAUGUAUAGGUGACAUUGUAUUGACUAGACCUUAUAGAGGGAUUUUAAGGAAAGAAGAUGUAAGGGCAUUAGACAAAAGCAAUAUUCAAAUGUACAAAUCUUUUAGACCUGGAGAUAUUAUCCUAGCAAGGGUUAUGCCAAUGACAGAAGCUCAUACUUAUCAAUUAAGUACAGCAGAAAAUGAAUUAGGCGUAGUUAUAGCACACAGUGAAGAAGGUGUAGCUAUGAUACCCAUAAGUUGGACUCAAAUGCAAUGUCCUAAAACAUUGCGCAAAGAAUUCAGAAAAGUAGCAAAAGUUAUUCCAGAACAUGUUGUUGCAGAACAAUAAUUUUUAUAUUAUUAUUUUGUUACUGUGUAUAUGCUUCUCAAAUGAAAUAAAAUAUGU